AUUUAGGCGCCUCAGGUUAGCCGAUAAAGUUGGACUAGUAGCCAAGCCAAGCCACGCCACUACACUAGCCAGUGCAGUGCAGUGCAGUAACAGCUCGGUGCUUGUGCUCACAGGCUGGUAGUCGAUCGAAGCUAAGAAUGGCGAAGCCGAUAUCGAUCGAGGUAUGGAACCCGAGUGGGAAGUACCGCGUGGUGAGCACCAAGUCCAUGCCUGGCACCCGCUGGAUCAACCUCCUCACCGCCAACGACUGCCGCCUCGAGAUCUGCACGGAGAAGAAGACCAUCCUCUCUGUGGACGACAUCCUGGCGCUCAUCGGCGAUCGCUGCGACGGUGUCAUCGGCCAGCUGACGGAGGAGUGGGGUGAGGUGCUCUUCUCGGCUCUGAAGCGCGCCGGCGGGACAGCCUUCAGCAACAUGGCCGUCGGCUACAACAACGUUGACGUCGAGGCCGCCAACAGGAACGCCAUCGCCGUCGGCAACACGCCUGGCGUUCUGACGGAGACGACAGCGGAGCUGGCCGCGGCGCUGUCGGUGGCGGCGGCGAGGAGAAUCGUGGAGGCCGACCAGUUCAUGAGGGCUGGCCUCUACGACGGAUGGCUCCCGCACCUGUUCGUGGGCAACUUGCUCAAGGGCCAGACUGUGGGAGUCAUUGGAGCUGGUCGCAUUGGCUCUGCUUAUGCCAGGAUGAUGAUCGAGGGCUUCAAGAUGAACCUCAUCUACUACGACCUGUAUCAGUCCACUCGCCUUGAGAAGUUCGUCACAGCCUACGGGCAGUUCCUGAAAGCAAACGGAGAGCAGCCAGUGACAUGGAAGAGAGCCGCCACCAUGGAGGAUGUUCUCCGGGAGGCCGAUGUGAUCAGUCUGCAUCCAGUGUUGGACAAGACCACUUACCAUCUGAUAAACCCGGAAAGGCUGGCCAUCAUGAAGAAGGAAGCUGUUCUUGUGAAUGCGAGUCGAGGACCGGUGAUCGAUGAGGUUGCUCUGGUGGAGCACCUCAAGGCCAACCCCAUGUUCCGCGUUGGCCUCGAUGUCUUUGAGGAUGAGCCUUACAUGAAGCCAGGCCUGGCUGACAUGAAGAAUGCCGUUGUCGUACCUCACAUUGCAUCUGCUUCCAAGUGGACACGCGAAGGAAUGGCAACACUUGCUGCUCUCAACGUCCUUGGCAAGAUCAAGGGGUAUCCGGUUUGGGGGAAUCCAAAUAUGGUGGAGCCAUUCCUGAAGGAGGACGCGACGCCGCCGGCUGCUUGCCCCAGCAUUGUUAAUGCCAAACAACUCGGCCUGCCGUCGUCAAAGCUCUAGAGGACGGCCACGGACUGAAGGAGUAGGUGCAUGGGAAUUCAAGACUUUUGAUCUCUACUACUCGAUCGUAUGCUAUGCUAGCUGGAGUAUAUACAGCUCCUUGUUAAUUAUUAGUACUAUCAUACUGGAGUGCUAUAUUACUGUUAUUACUGUAAUAUAUAUACACACCUGGAGCCUUAAAACAUGCGAGCCACAUGUAUGUUGCUAUACAUAGAUUACUGUUGCGAGCGAAAUCAAAACA